UUGCGGUUCUCGGCAGAAACUAAUUAAACCCGCUCGCCCUUGAUGCAGCCUAAGCCAGUGUAUCAAUAUUUCAGUGUCUCGAAGGCAGCCCUGUAAAGUGAUCACUGUAUUAUAAAGAGGGGCGCAAGAGGAGGAGAAAGAGGGCUGAGUUUGCUGCUGCGGUUUGUGUUUUGUUUUGAUUUUUUGGAUGCUGCUGCAAGACGACUUGACGCAUUCCAGCACUGGCUCUUACUCCUAACCACUGCAUCUCACUCGGACCAGCAGCCGUGACGAUGGUCGAGUUCGAGAGAAAAGCAGCCGGAUCGAGUUAAAGGCAAAAGGAGACAGCUGGGGAGGGGACCCCAGCCGGGGUGUGAGCCCCAUACACCUCCAGCGUCCUGGCCUGGGGGGACGGGACACGUCACCUUACCUCCCUUCUUCCCCCUCCCCCCAAAGGUACUUAUUCCCUCCCCUCUUCACCCUCCCUUCAUCCCUGAUGCCUUUCCUCUCAUCCCACCUCUCUUUUCCCUGCUUGGGUAUGUCCAUCCUUUAGGCUGCUCUUCCAUCCCUUCCUCAAGCUCUCCGUCCCAACUCAUCAUCCCUUCCUGCAGACCCUAAGCCUCCCCUUACCCACCCCCCACCAUCCUCCACUGCACUGCCCUGAAGCUCUGUGCUCCCUUCCAUCCUCUUGCUCCUCGAGCUCCUCACCCUCCCUUCUCCUCCCUGCCCCUUGGUCUCCCAUCCUGUGUGCCACCAUGACCGUAAUGGCUGGAGAGAACAUGGACGAGACUUCUGUGCUACCUGGCCACCCCCAGGAUAGCUAUCAGCCUGCUGCCCACGAUGACCAUGAGUGCUGUGAACGCGUAGUGAUAAACAUUGCUGGACUACGCUUUGAGACACAGCUGAAGACCUUAGCCCAGUUCCCCAAUACACUGCUGGGCAACCCCAAGAAGCGCAUGCGGUACUUUGACCCCUUGCGCAAUGAGUACUUCUUUGACCGGAAUCGGCCUAGCUUUGAUGCCAUCCUCUACUACUACCAGUCUGGGGGGCGGCUUCGCCGGCCGGUCAAUGUGCCCCUAGACAUGUUCUCUGAGGAAAUCAAGUUUUAUGAGCUGGGUGAGGAGGCCAUGGAGAAGUUCCGGGAAGAUGAAGGGUUCAUCAAAGAUGAGGAGAGACCCUUACCUGAGAAAGAAUACCAGCGCCAAGUAUGGCUCCUCUUUGAGUACCCAGAGAGCUCUGGGCCUGCGAGGGUGAUUGCAAUAGUCUCUGUUAUGGUGAUCCUCAUCUCCAUCGUGAUCUUCUGCCUGGAGACAUUACCUGAGUUGAAGGAGGACAAGGAGUAUACUGUGCAGCGUACUGACAAUACCACCCAAGUCUACAAAUCCAACAUCUUCACUGAUCCCUUCUUUGUUGUGGAGACCCUGUGCAUCAUCUGGUUCUCCUUUGAGCUAGUGGUGCGCUUCUUUGCCUGCCCCAGUAAGACUGACUUCUUCAAGAAUAUCAUGAACUUCAUCGACAUUGUGGCCAUCAUCCCUUACUUCAUCACCCUGGGCACUGAGAUGGCCGAGAGGGAGGGGACUCAGAAGGGGGAGCAGGCCACCUCCUUGGCCAUCCUGAGAGUCAUCAGACUGGUAAGAGUCUUUCGAAUCUUCAAACUCUCCCGGCACUCUAAGGGCCUCCAGAUUUUGGGACAGACCCUCAAAGCAAGCAUGAGAGAGCUAGGUUUACUAAUCUUCUUUCUCUUCAUUGGGGUGAUCUUGUUCUCUAGUGCGGUAUAUUUUGCUGAGGCUGAAGAACCUGAGUCUCAUUUCACAAGUAUCCCUGAUGCUUUCUGGUGGGCGGUGGUAUCCAUGACCACUGUGGGCUAUGGUGACAUGUACCCUGUGACAAUUGGAGGCAAAAUCGUAGGCUCCUUGUGUGCCAUCGCUGGUGUGCUGACAAUUGCCCUGCCUGUACCUGUCAUCGUGUCCAACUUCAACUACUUCUACCACCGAGAAACAGAAGGGGAAGAACAGGCUCAGUUACUUCACGUUAGCUCCCCUAAUUUAGCAUCUGACAGUGAUCUCAGUCGCCGCAGCUCCUCCACAAUCAGCAAAUCUGAGUACAUGGAAAUCGAAGAGGAUAUGAAUAAUAGCAUAGACAAUUUUAGAGAGGCUAAUCUCAGAACUGGCAACUGCACUGUAGCCAACCAAAACUGCGUUAAUAAAAGCAAGCUGCUGACUGAUGUAUAAACAAAAAACCAAAAUCCCCACUCACAGCGUGAAGACUUUAAGUGACAUAGUCACACUUUGUAGAUGCUUUACUGAUAGUCUUUGAAUGCUUUAUUUACCUCGUAAAUGCAUUGUUGCAUUGCGAAUUUUUGCUCAGUGAUAAAAAAGCUUCCAGGAUCCAUGAAAAAUAAGAUUUUGUUUAAUAAUAAUAACAAAAAAAAAUUCCACAUGAUAAACGAUAACCAUUUGAACUAGUUUAGUUUUAAACCAUAUGAUGCUAAACCUAAACUUUUCCUCUCUCUCUCUCUCUUUUUUUUUUUUUUUUGGUUAAGUUAACUUUAAACUAAGUAAGACGGUUUUUAGAGCUAUAAAGCAUAUGCAUGGAUUCCAGUAAAAAUAUUCUGCAAAACUGCACAAUUGCAAGAAAGUGCAUCAGAUAAUAAAGAAAAAGUUUAGCAGAAAUAUGCAGCAAGCAUUUGCCAUUGUUUUUAUGAAGGAGUGCAAAUUUUCCCUCCACCCCUUAUGUGAAAAAUUACAUAGUUCUAAUCUAGAGAUCCACACAGCACCUUAUUAAAAAUACACUUAAGCCUGAUUUUUUUUGCUAUCCUUAGAAGAACUAUUCUAAAAGAGGAAAACAAACAAACAAAACUGAAAACAAAACAUCUGCAAUGCUGCUAAGUUUUCUUAAGUGCAGAUGGUUUAAACACACUUUUCCUUUUUCCUGUCCAGAACUGGAUACAAAACGUUUAGUCCCUCUAUUGCAAGAUAGCACAACGGAAUUUAAUAUUAGCAUGUUUGAAUUUGAUACUAUUUAUUUUAUAAUCGCAUGCCUGAAACGUUACCUCAGACAAUAGCAGAUAAGCUUUCGUUUGAACUGACUCUUCUAAAAAUAGGUCCUUUAUCUCUCAUUUUCUUUCCUUUUUAUUUUUGAUUUGCAUUCACCAAAAGUGCACUCCUUAAUUUAUUAAAUUGUUGACUAGUAAUUUAAAGUACUGUAUUUAAGUGCGUAUGUUAGUCAAAUGGGAACAAUAACUUUUGGAGAUCAAAGCAUGUUCAAAUAUUCAGCAUUAUGGCCUAUUUGAUUAAGGUGUAACUUAAAUUAAUUAAUGCAUGAAUUCAAUAAUAAUAAUAAUAAUAAUAAAAAACAAAAUCAAAAAAUGCUUGUUAAACUGAGGGCCUGAAUGAACUGACUAGAGAAACUUGAUGGUUUUCCUGCAUUGCUCAGGGAAAUGUAUUGGCUUUUGUCUAGGCAUUGUCAGAAAGGAACAUAUCCUAUCCCUUAAAGGGAAAGCUAUAUGGAAAAUUAAGAAGUCGAGUUAUGUAUAGCAACACCUAAGAACUAGUAUCAUUUAUAAUUGAAAGGUGCAGAUGCAUGCCUUUUGGUGCAUUCUCAGAAUGUAAAUGAAAAUUAUCUAUUAUAUGCAUCCAAACUGCAACAGCUAGUUUCUUUGGCAGUCAUUAUUUAAUACUUUUUUUAUUCCCCUAAAACUCACUGAAGAAACUCAACAGAUUGAUUUAGGUAGUUGUGCAGUGCCUUUAUCUUAUAUCCACUGAAUUGCUGAAAGUGCCUCCAGGAAUUAAGAAGAUCAGAGACAACAGAGGAAGUGGCAAGGCACUGACAUAGGAUCAGGAGUGGUCUGUGCUGCCUCCUGGCACAGAACAGAAAGAGAGGAGGAAAGAAAAAGAACGUAGGUGACAGGGACACAGAGAGGAGGGCAAAGACCACCGGUACCCACAGUAUACCUUCCUUCCCCUGCCAGUCCAAUGCUGCAGGGUUCAGCGUUUGCCUCUACCAAAUAAGUCAUAGUUAUGUUUAUGCAAGACACCAAAUUUCUCUAGGUUGUUUGUAGAAACAUCACUGCCAUCAUUGUAUUUGCCCUUCGUUUCCCCAAGAUGGUUCUUUGGCAGCAUCUCCCAGAACAGCAGGAUAUAGGAGGAACUUAGGACCAGCGUUAACUGCAGCAUCACCUAGUCAGGCAACCAGAUUGGAGGGCUGCACUUUUCUUUCCCUUGGAUUCCCCAGGAGGUAGGUGAGAGCGGCUUUUCAGUGCUUAUCCCUGCCUUCCCCAUCCACUUUCAGCAAUACAUCAGAUUUUAAGUCCCAUCACAGAUCCUUCAAGUCAUUCUUCUUUCUGGUCCCUAUCUUUACUCUAUUCUCACCAUGAUCUGGUGAAGGAAGCAAAGCUAGAAGAAGGCAUUUUCUGCAAUUUGCCAGCCUUGACUGCUAGGCCCUGGAAGAUAACAGCCUUUGAUCUUAACUAAUGUAGGCACUAAUCUUUAUUUUUUUUAAUGGAGAAAGUUGAGGAUCUUCAUUCUGCACUUAGCAUGUGGCCAACUGCUGUUGAACACUUCCCCACUGUACAGAUCCCUUCUUCCCCUAUCCUUCCUAUAUGAUAUAUGUAUAUAUGUGUAUAAAUAUAUGUGUGUGUGUGUGUGUGUGUGUGAAUACAUGUGUGUGCACACACAUGCACAUACACACAUAAAAUCAAAGCACUUAGAGUAAAAAAAAAAACAAAAAACAAACCUGAAAUCUGCAGCUACGCACAAGCCUGACAUGCCAGAUUUCCAGAAGGACUUGACUUUACUUUUCACUGUGUGGCUCUGUGAAUCUUAAUGAUGAGAAAGAGAUCAAGAACUGAGGGAGCUCUAGCUCCUGCAAGAAAUGCAAAGCAUCAUAUAAAAAAGGGCAUUAUAUCCUCUAGGUAGAUGUUGCAAAGCUUCUUUCCUGUCCCCUACUCACUCACCCCUGCCCAUUGUACACCUAUCUCCCCAUCAAAAUCUGGAGGUCCUGAUCUUUCCAAACUCUUAAAUUCUAGGAUAUGACUUCUCAUGUCAAAACGGACUUGAAUGCUGCACUCAGCUUAUCAAACAAACAACUAAACAGCAAUAAUCAAUUCACUGCUGUGGGACUGAUGAUCAGUAAGUAGCGUCUGGGAGAUGAGGUCUCACUUUGGUAACUUAAAUUCUGUCCUAGUUGGGUAUCCACACCUUAGCUUAAUGAUCAGAAUGAUAAUUAUUCUUGUGUGUGAAGAGAAAAGUGCUGUGUACAGCAAUUGUUCUUUGUCAGGAGACGGGGAUGGAUCAUUGGGGCUUGGGGUGGCUUGGGGAGCUUGAAUGUUGCUUUGCCCAUUUAUAGCUCAUUGAAAGGAUUUCAGUAAAUAUGGAGUACAGGGAUUAACCUCAUGUAGCACAGGCAUGCAUUUCAGGCAAGUUUGACACAAAAAGCAACAACAAAAAAAAGUUCUUACCCCCUUUACACAGAAGAGUGGAAAUGUCUUUGAGGGUCUGCAGGUGCACUUAAAAAAACUGCCUAUUCCUACCAGUAAACAUCCUUUUCUAUCUUUCUUUUCUUUUUCUUUUCUUUCCCCUUUAGUCCUAAAUUUCUUUUUGCUGCACAGCUUGAGCUCUGUGGGGUUAUUUCUGUCAGUGUAAGAGGACUGGAAAUGAACUGAUGGCUGGUUUAGUGUUUCUCUGAAAGACAGAAGAGACCACCAUUUUUUUACUAGGAAGCUCCCAGAAAUGAUGUCCAUGUUAUGCUGUCUAGAGAUAUCAGUAGAUACAGGAGCCUUAGUUGGGUUGCAGUUUCAUUAAGCAAGGCAGCAAUACUGGCAUAUGGCCCCCUUUACUAGCCACUUCAGUGCUGCCUUCUUAGGUGCCUCCAAACAGCUUUUUCUUUGGCAGCUUUGUAAAGCAGAUGAGGGCAUUUGUAUGGUGUGACCAAGGCAGCAGUGUACUGUGGUGCAGAGGUAGUAAUGAAAUGGGGCAGCAGUGGGCAGGAAUCCCACAGACUGGUAUCACAGCCCAAGCUCCCCAUCUGGUCCUACUACCCUUAGCUGUAUAGGGCACUAGGGAACAGACAGAGGAGCAAGUGGGAAAUGAAAGGCUCUGUACCUCUUUCCUUAGAAUAGAAUCAAGCAGUUGCUACCAGGCUGCAAAGAGCUCCAAUCCUCUGUGCUGCAGCUCCAGCCUAAGCAAUGAACUGGAUUAAUUUGUCUUCAAGAGGAAGUUAGCGUGCAGUAAGCCGGGGUGUGAGUUCACGACGUCCUAGAAAAUCCAUGUAGACUCCCUGCAUGGAAUCUCGUCAGCCAUAUCUCCACCGGGGAGUUCAGGAAAGCUAAUCCAAAUUAAUGAAAGGUGUGCAUUUAAAGUAGAUUUGUUAAACUACAUUCAAGCCCAGCAUGGACAUUCUGUUGCAGUAUAAAAGCAGCCUUAAUCUGAUUUGGGUUCAUUCUUUUUGGGAGGAAAGUAAGCUGAAUUGAAUUAAGGCUGCUUUAAUUCUGAACACAAUGGGGCUUAAUGCAGUUUACCUCAUCUGCCUCACAAGUUCAUUCAGAGAGACAAGCCUUUAGUAAUCAUUAAAUGUAAUGGAAGUGACCGUUCUUUGCAGGGGGUGGCUGAGGGGAGCGUACCAACAUGACACAAAACAUUUAGUACGCAACAAGAGCAUCUGUAGAGACAGAGUGGAGUGGUGAGUGCUGGAAAAGCCUGGCUUACUGAGCGCUAACAUAUCGUCUUUUGGUACAAUUGUAGUGAUUUCCUUAAUUUGUUCCCGAUUUAUGCAUUUAUAGAUGUGAGGAGAAUCAAUCCCUCUGCCUUCUGUGAAGUUACCCUGGCAAUGAUCUUGACCCAAGGAAAUUAAUGUCCACUGAGAAAUUCUCUAACUGUGCACAUGCUUAACUUGAUGUAGUGUCAAUCAUUUGGACAGGUGCUUGAAAGACAGUACAAUGCACUAGGGACUGGAAAAGAAUGGGCAAAAAUUCUAUUGAUUUCAAUAAUGAUAUUGCCUGGUAGAGGGAUCAGACCCUUCUUAGUGAAUCAGCUGUGUAUAGUUCAUCAGAGAUUGCAUUGGUCCAAAUUAACAAUUGAAUUAGUGGGAACUUUUGUUGACAAGUUUUGACUAGGGGACCAUUGUUUUCAUUAAAAAGAUGUACAAAGAGGUUUUUUUUCUAUUAUUAUAGUGCUGAAGCAUAAAUGUAACAUAAAAAAAUCGAUUAUAUUUUAAGUAUGAGGAACUGAGGGCAAAUUUCACUCUUCCAUAGUUCAGACUUGGACAGUGCAGUUUCUUAUAUGCAUGUGUAUUAAUUGAAAUAAAAUCAAAGUAAACGCAAGGACAGGAAAUCUGAAAUUCAUUAGAAAAGAGUGGAAAGUUGUAUUUUGGAAUAAUAUCUUCUGUGCACAUAUAUUUUUUCUAUAUAUAUAUAUUUUUUAUUUUUUUUUCCCCCUUUCUGAUGUUAACUUAAUAACGGUUCUUAGGCGGUAGACAUCCUGGAUUAAUUCCCUAGCAUAAAGGAAAAGGAAGUACCACAGCUUCUAGCCACUUCUCCAGGAAAGGUCUGAUCCUGUCGUCUUUCAGCAGCCUGUUUCCACUGAUUGUUGUGGUAAUUUUGGACUCACAGGAAUGCAGAAUCAGUUCCAAAGUGUGAUUUACCUUUCAUAGCCACAGAGCUGGAUGGAAUUAGAAAGUUGUCCUUGCAAUUGCACAACAUGGCAAGCUUGUUUCGGACUGUAUAUAACAAGCCUGAAACAGAUUACUUUUCUCAGCUGCUUUAAUCAGGGAGCUACAUUUCAGUUUUUGUUGGACCUUUUUCAGGCUGAGUUUAUUCUUCUGUUGUUCUGGCUUUAUUUAAUAAAGUAUAGCAAAUUUAUUUUUUUCUCAAAUGCUUAUCAAUUAUUCUUAAAGGUGUCAGUAUUUGUAUCUGCAACAAUGAAAUUUCAGGGUGUUCUAUUAUUUCAUUUAGUGCAGGUGAACUCGCCACCAGAGAGGUCAACAAUUUAUGCUGUCAAGGCAUACUAUGCUUUGAUAUUUUCAGAGGAAAUAAAGUGAAGCUGAGGUCUUAACUGAAAUUUGUCUCAAAAUAUCUGUUAAUAUCUAUGUAAACCUGUAUAUUUCACCUGUUCACAGACUCUAGCAAAUGUCACUUCAAGUUAUAAAAAAGUCAUCUUCUGUUUCUGGUUUCUAUAAUAAAUGAAAAUGAUAACAUGUUGCAUUCAGUUCCUUUAGGUGCAUUAGUCUUUGAUCCAUGUUAUUGUUUCCAUGACAUGUCUAUAAUGUAAUUGGGAUCAAAUGUAGAUUUUAAUUUUGUACAAAAAGUAAAAAGGAUAUUUUUAUGACUAAAUUCAGCAACCCCCCUACCUAUAACCUACUCAAAUUAAAUAUUUUUUCCUUUCCUUGACAUGUAAACCAUUGUUUUUGCAGUGUGUUGGUUUGAAAUGAAUAAAUAACAGCUAUCAUAGAACUGUAUAUGGCCUCUCAGACAUACCUCUGAUUUUAAAGAAUAAGUAUUACUGAUGUUAAACAUAGAAGCUCAAUAGUCUCCAUAUGAAGUGCACCAUCAGGGCAACAAACCGUUUAAGCUGACUCAGCUGUACUUAUUUUCACUGUUUACAAACUGCUUACACUUUUUCAUUGUCACGUUACAGCUCAUUUUAUUUCCAGUAGUGAAAUAAUUUGGUUUAUCAUUUUUAGAAUAUCUAAUGUUAUGAGUUCUUGAACUAUUUGAAAUGCAUAGUUUUCAUCUAUGCAAUUUUACCUGCUUCUGUACUUGUUCAUCUGUUCAUACUUGGCAACAAUUAAAGAUAAUUUUUAAGGAUCUUA